AUGAAAUAUUCUAUACGCAUUGUAUUUUUCCUUCUCUGGUUUUUCGGUAAGUUGAAUUCGAAAACUGUUAGAUUACUUCUCGUUGUGAAGGAAUGCAAACCUUUAAAUAAUUUCAGCAAAUUGUUGUUGGUCACUGACUAGUGAUGGUUAUGUAAGUUGUAUUUAUGUGGGGGGGGGGGGGUACUUUGAAAAAAGUAUUCGUGCAUGAGUUUUAAGCUGACCUUAUAUUUUUUGAAAAAAUACCCUUUUUCGUGUUCAUCCCCUCUACCAAAGUGGUGCAACGUUUUUAUGAGAAAUUAUAAGGUGGAAAAUGUUCACCAUCCAUCCAUAGACCAAGAAAAAAAUUUGAGCCGAUUCUUAAAUUACGACCUUUUUUGUUGUCCGAAUCCUUUCAAUAAAAUUUACCUUUUUGCAAAAAACGUCUCUUAAAUGUUUCUUUUUCAGUAUGAUUGUCCAACCACUGAUCGAACGUACAAAAAAAAACUUUGUAAGGGGAGCAAAGAUAAAAUUAGUAUUUUAAUGCCUACAACCAGCCCAUGUUGCGGUAAGUUGUGAGAAAGACAAGCGAUCGGUGGGAGUGUGCGCACACAUGCGCCACUUGCUCUCUUCUGGGGCGCUAGGCGCACCAAACAGCUGGGUGACAUCACCCGAAAUAACGCCGCAGAUAAUGCGCUGUCGCCCGAAAUGGCGCGCAUUCUUAAAAGCGUCUGAAAUUGGCCAAUCAACAGAAGCAACCUGGUCAAUACUAGAUAUAGUUAUUCUAUGCAAAAUCAACUUAUUUUCAACAUUUUUUCAGUGUUUUUUGAGGCAUCAAAAAUUUUAAGAAAAAUUGCAUUUUUGCGCGACGUCGCCCGAAAUGGUGCCCGGUUGCAGUGUAUUUUGUUUUCAGACCUUGUUACGAUCCGUUGCAGCACUGGAAUGAUUUCAGAAUUUGUUGUUGAGGUAGGUAAAUACUAUCUGAUUUACCUCGCUACAUUGGAUGGUAAAUUUUUUAUGGAUAUGCGUGGUUUUAUCGAUUUCGUAGAUGAUAAACCAAAACGUUAUCUUUGCCGUAAGUUUGAAGAAAGUUAUGGGUUUUUAACUUUUUUUUUUCUACUUGAAUAACCCCAUUAAAUAGAAGCAUACAAUCAUUUCAGCUGUACCUAUUGGGUAUAUAUAUUUCGAUCAGUUUUAUGCCAAACAAACAUCAUCAAAAGAAAAAUAUUUGCCUUAUGGAGAUGGUGGAGAAAAUUACAAAAAAACACAACCACAAACAUGCAACAAACACUCAGAUUGUCCCCAAUUUGAUUCAUUUUGUGGAAAUGUUGUGAAUAUGAGAUUUGAAGGUGGCCAAUGUAGACGUGAGUAUACAUAAGCUUUUCCCCAAGUUCCCUUAUGGGGUGAUAUUCAAAUUUGAUCAUCCACCAUUUUGCCAUUCUCGGAUUUUCUAUUUUCGGAGUUUUUUUUUUGGAAGUAUGAAGUGUGUUUUUCACAAGGGAACCUUUUCAGCUCGCGGUCGAGUUUUGAGCUCAAAAUUUAUUUAAAUUAUUUAUUGGAGAAAAAAAAAAUAUAAGUAAGAAUUAUGAACAAAAAAUCCAGUUGCCGGAGAACACCGAGUUCUGAUGAGGCAAAGUGUCAGAAAUCACCAAAAAUGGCUUUUUUCAGGGAUCAUAAUUUUCUUCAGAGACGAUUUCAUCAAAAUCUGAUAGCAGGAGUUUUUUCAGGAGAGUCGAGUUACUAAAAUCACCAAUUAUGAGAAAAAUGUCCAAAAAAUUUCUAAUUUACAAUUUUUUCUUCGAAAAAUGUUGCAAUUCAGUAAUAAUAUUCAGUGACUUUAGUAAAUCGACCUUCCUAAAAACGUCGUGCAUUCAGUUUCACUUGAUUUGAACUCAGGACUGAAUAAUGAGCCCUGAAACAUGCGAUUUUCGUCAAAAAUCGCCACUUUGGCGCAUCAGAACUCGGUCCAGGGUGUUCUCCGGCAGCUGAAUUUUUUUUAUGUUCAUUAGAAUCGCUCAAACUAUCCAUAAAAAAAUUUUUGCGCUCAAAACUCGAUCGCGAGCCGAAAAGGUUCCCUUGUCAGAUUAUUCUACACAUGAAAUUAUUAUGAACGUGGUAUGUAUGCAAAAAAGCGAUUGUAGAACCAAUUCUUAUAUAUGUGAACAGGAUCUUUAUCUGAAAUAUUGGACAAUGAUGGAGAGAGAAAUGAAGUUUUGCUAUAAAAGUGAGUUUGGAAAACCAGACAUGUCGCUGCGGGCCGGGUCGGCCGGGCUUAGCCCGAAGUAAACACAAAAAAUCGGGCUUUUCUCAGCCGAAGCCCGAUUUUAACAUGUGCGGCUUUGGUGGGCCCGAUUUCGGGGCCCGUUUAUUUUUUCUUCGAUUUUUUUUCAUUGAAAAAAUCUAUUGAAAAGCGACGCACGCACACGCAUCGCAGGGUAUAUAGGUGGAACUCAGAGAUUCGCCGAUAUAUUUUUGAUCCAAUCCAAAAAUUAUUAUUCAGAUCCUGCUAUACCCGGAGACACUGGAAUUCAACAGUUCCAAAAACGUGAUACACAACUUAAUAUUUUUAUCUGCGAUAAUGAUUCGGAUUGUGAUAUUGGAUCAGAGAAAAGUGGAAUAUGUGGACAGCAAAAAGAGGGCGAGAAUUUUAUCAAAUGGACUGGAUUAGUCAAGGAUGGAUCAACAUAUGGAAAACGAAAAUCAUACACUGGAAUAUGUUUGGAAUCCAAACCAAUUUCUUUCACUUUAUCGAACAUUUUUAUCAACCUGGAUUUUGAUCAGAAAAACGAAGAUAUUGGUAGAACAUAUUUGUCAGUUGUCUGGAAAAGUCGAGAGUUAACACCGCAGUGUACCAAAAAUAGUGAAUGUAAAACGGGUGAAGAGUUCUGUGAUAAUAUUUACAGCUUGCGUGAUGAACACAACUUCGACAAAACUUAUAAAUUCUGUUUCAAAAUUCCUGAUCCACCCAACACUUAUCUCAGUUACACAAUCUUUGAUGAUAAGAUCGGAUUGGUGCCGUGUAAUUCAUAUAAAGAUUGCCAAACUGCUGGAGCUGAUAUAAACUCAUUUUGUUAUACUGCCGAUUCAGGCAAGAAAUAUAUGGGAUAUGACGCUGGCGCAGCAACACAAUUUGAUGGUAUUUGUAUGAGCGCCAAAAUAUGUGUUGAUCCAUCGAUGAAUUAUGAAUGGGCAGAAGGUAUUGUGGCUAGAGAUGGGCAUUGUGAAAACGAUGACGAUUGUUUGGAUAAUGGGAAAACAACAGAAGCCAGUAAUAUCAAUAAUAGUUAUGAGUAAGUUCAAAAAUUCCUUGGUCAGCUAGUCGUUUUCACAGCCCACUGCGAAAAAUAAUCCAACACUUUAGCCACGGAAAUUUAAAAAAAAAGGGUGGAGUUUUCCAUAUCCCUUUUUCGUCGCGCUUCUCUUUUUCACGCACACUCUCUCGUUUUCACUUACCUGAAAUUGUGGCUGUUGUCAAACGUACCACAAGGAGACUCCUGAUUUUGAUCCUGAUUUGUGUUCUUCUACCUAAUCAACUUCAAUCUUCAAGAUAUCGCUGCAAAAAUGAAACAUCAUCCGGCGGAGUUGGGUUGUGUUGUUAUCGUAAAACCGAAAACUGUGAGGUGGGAAAAAUUGUGAUUCCAAAUACGAGAUGUGGAAAAGGAUCGAACACGAGCCAAGCAUUUGCACAAUGUUAUUCUGAAAAACCAGACACGGUUAAAUAUAACAAAUGGUGUGAAAAGAAAAUCAAUCAAUGUUGUUUGGAUGAUAAUUAUCCAUUCUGUCCAGAUCAACAAACACCAUUAUUCAAUGAGCCAGAAUGUGUUGGUGCUAUCAAAACUGAUGUGAAUAGUGGAAAAUGUGAGGCAAAAUCUGGUGGUAUUUGUAAGAGGGGACAUUGUUGUCCAAAUGCAUCGAUGAACAAUUCAACUGGAAUAUUCGUCAAACCGGAAUUUGCAUAUAUCACUGAAAUAUCGUGCAAUUCAUUAUCUUCUGUUGUUCAAUUCACCGCUGGAUAUUGUGAUCCAGAUUCCGAAAAAGUGGUUAUAAUUGGGGAAAAAUUGUCAGACGGAACAGCGCUCAAAAAAUGGCCGGAAGAUAAUCCCAAAAACUGUAAUGUUCAUUUAGAUUGUUCCAGUGAUAAUUCGAAAUUGUGUUUGAGAGAAGAGCCGGCUACGAAAAAAUUCACUUGUUUUUACAAUCCAUUGAAACCGUAUCCGGAAGAUGAUUCAAACAUGAUUUUUAUCAUUUUGAUCAUUGUUCUAGUCGUUUUAUUGGUGGUUGGUGGAAUUGGCGGAUUUUUAUUGUGGAAACUCAAAUUGAAAAAGAAGAAUAAAGGAAAAACUGGAAAAAAUGAGAAAGAUGGAAAGAAACCGAAGAAAGAGAAGAAAAAAGGGAAGAAGGGGAAAAAGAGCAACAAAAAAACUGAUUCUACAACCAAAUCCGCAUCUGGAGUUAGUGGAAACGCUGAUGGAACAGUGCCAACUAUGAUUUAA